CCUUCCCCCAAAUUCCAGCUUUCGACAGAGUGCAGACGAACUGUAAGGGUGUCCUGCACAGGACCAAGGGUUAGCAAACCACCCUGGAAAUGCAGAUAAGAAAUAUGCUUUAGGGUCUCUAGAAGACAAUCGCAUACAUCCUGUGCGAAGGAGUUGUGCUUGUGGCAGAGAGAGAGAUGGCUGUUCAGGCUGCCAUCAUGAACUCGCAGUUCUUAAACUUCUGUUUUCCUGGCUCGGUCAUAGAUUAUGAGGUGGAAAAGGGUCUGGAAGGGGGUUUCCUGGGCGAGGUGGACUGCGAGGGUGACUUUAGGGAGACCACUAGGGACCUGCUUAGCUUCAUUGACUCUGCUUCCAGCAACAUCAAGCUUGCACUGGACAAACCUGUUAAGUCCAAGAGGAAGGUCAACCACCGAAAGUACCUGCAGAAACAGAUUAAGAGGUGCACGGGGAUUAUCUCGCCAGGGACUACACCGGUUCAGGAGCCAUGCAAGAGGCAAGGCUCACCCCAAAACCCAACAAGCAACCUCUCCAGCAAAACACCACCCAAGAAGGAUGGGAUGCAGGCCAACCUGCAAAGCAAGAGCCUGGCUGCCCUCUUUAACCCAGCGAAGGAUGUACGAGGAGAGAGGGCCAAGAAGCCCCCGCUGCGGCACCGAAACCUUCCUCCAUCCUUUUUCACGGAGCCAGCCAACAGCUCCAGAGUUACAUCUACUUCUGGCAUGUCGCUCAAAGACCUGGAGCGAGGGACUCCGGAAGCAGCAGAGUUCUUGGAGCUUCUCGGACCCGACUACAGCAACAUGGUCUCAGAGCAGGAUCUAUUCCACACCGCACCUAUCAGGAUUCAACAGGAGGUGACCAUGGGCCCUGAGCCAUAUGACUCCCACCAUUUUGUAACUGGUGGGUUUUUGUACACCGAGCCUUGGGGCACUUGUAGCGACACCCCUAAAAAGUCAGGAGACAUGCGGACAUUACCAGUACAGCCAAAUCUUUAUACUCACACGGACCUUUCUGGCAGCGUGCCUGUGGAACAGAGCUCGCCAUGUGCACUUACCUUUUCAAACUUCUUUACAGACUGCUCCACACCGCCGGUCUCCUACGAUCUGGCGAACGGAUACAACAGAGGGAACUUUUCUUCUCUUUAAGCCAGAGAUUUUCUUUUUCUCAGACAUUACAUUGGGACAAAAACACUUAGUAUGGUAUUGACAAAGGAUGCUAUCUACAUGAAAUGUCUCUUUUAAUCCUGAAACAUUUGCCUCAAAACCAGCUAAUGGACCCUUUUAAAACAUCGCUUGUUGGGAUAACACGUAUACAGUAGCAACCUGUAAAAGGCUUACAAUCUAAAGAUGGCCUUUUCUCCAAAACUGAAUGAAAACCGAAUGCAUUUCUAAUCAUAAAUUAACAAAAUUAUGCCUCAGAAUUUUAUGUUACUGUUCCCUGUGAAUAAAACAACAACAAAAAUGUUUUCUUAAUGUAUGGAUACACUUUGAACCUCUUACUCUUUAAGAUAGGCAUUGUUUGAUUGAAAAUAUUAACAAUUUUCGAAACAAUUUGUUACAGAGCUGAUCUCAGGGGGUUCUGCUAAUUUGUUUAAAUAUGUCACAGACUAAAUAGUUACAGGCAUACAGUGAUUUACACUUAAUCCACACUUAAAAUGUAUGGGUUUAUUUCCAUGAGACAACAAAAUAUCAAAUUGAGUGGCAUCUGCAAACAAAAUGAUGUUAGAUUGUUUUCUUCUCAGUCAUUUUUGCAGUUAUUUUUAAUCAAAUGGUGUAACAGUAGCUGUAUGAAGUCGAUUCCCCUCAAGUUCACAGAAGUGUCCUAACAACAGGUGUAGUACAUUAACUACGGACAUGAUCCACUAACAAUUAACAACCAAGAUUUUUUGGUUGUUUUCUCAUUUAAAACCAAACAAUAGUUUUUGCCAUAUGCUUUGUGUGCUUGUGCUAUCUUUCUUAAAAAUAAAUGCCACUUACAUUGAUAUUUUGUAUUUAAUGGCAUAAUAUAUUUAAGUGUAAAAAUACUUUUUAGGGUCAAGACAAAAAAAUACAUAUGCAACAGUCUACAACAGUGGCAAACAAGACAAUCUGUCUAUAUUCUUAUUUUUUUAAUCACUGUUUGUUCAUCUAUUGUUUAUUGACUGCUUAACAUGCAAUAUUAGGUGUGCACAUCUAAAACAAUUACUUGCAGUUCCCUUAAGGUAAAAGUUUGAAUGAAUACACUAUAUAGUUCUCUGAUAUCUGGCUUUUUGGAGUUUCUUGGUAUUCUGGAAGAAAUGGAAAACUAUGAAACAGCUAAGGGGAUAAAAAGGAGAAGGAGGUGGUAAAAUUGUGCAAAAUAAGCUAUUGGUAAUAAUGUGUAAUAGUUGCAGUACACAAAUAAUCAUGUUCAUCAAACAACAUGAAAACAGGAACUAUACAACAUUAUUUUGUAACACUAUUGCCUUACAUUGGUUUAGGAUAGGAAUUAAAUUAGGAAUCAGACAUUUCCAAUUGCAUUGGGAAGCAACAAAUAGUUCAAAUAAAUUAAGCUAAUGAAUUAUUUUAUAUUUAGCUGUAGUCUUUAAAGAAUUUUAUGUGGGAAGCAUCAGCCAAGAGUAAAAAAAUUGUGUUUUGUAAUUUAUAUGCUUACUCUUCACAUUGUUUGCAGUACAGAAACAAAAAAGUAAGAGCAACAUUCAGUUUUUCUGACAUUUUCUUUUUCAAGAACUGAUACUUAUUGUCUGUUUAUUGGUAAUGAAUCGCACACCUAAAUCUAUGGACUACAGGGGCACUGGAUGGAAGUUUUGUUUGGUCAUAAAGUAAUGGGACAAAAUAAAGCUGGUCUUUAUGUCUAUUAAAAAAAGA